AAAAGAAUUCGAUUUUUUUUCCUACGAAUUUUAUAAUGGCUAAGUUUCUGCGCGGAGGCAAAGUUGUCAUCGUCCUUCAGGGUCGUUACGCCGGUAAGAAGGCUGUCAUUGUCAAGAGCUUUGAUGAGGGCACCAAGGAGCGUCCCUACCCCCACGCUGUUGUUGCUGGCAUUGAGACCUACCCUCUGAAGGUCACCAAGUCCAUGAACAAGAAGAAGGUUGCUGCCCGCUCCCACGUCAAGCCCUUCAUCAAGGUUAUCAACUUCUCCCACCUCAUGCCCACUCGCUACACUCUUGAGCUCGAGGAUAUCAAGGGUGCUCUGUCUGCUGAGACCUUCCAGGAGCCCACCCAGCGCAUUGCCGCCAAGAAGGCCGUCCGCGCCAGCCUCCAGAAGCGCUACACCGCCGGCAAGAACAAGUGGUUCUUCACCAAGCUCCGCUUCUAAGCCAAUGACCCAUUCUUGCAAAUAUAUUAUAUUUUCUGUGAAGAAUUCGACACCAAUACCUGCUUCCAUCCACUCAACCGCAGCUGCGCGCAUGCUUGCGUAAAAAUAUGUGCUUAAAUAUAAAAAGCGAGAA